AUGGGGCCUACUGCAACACCCGCCCUUUCGCCCUUUGUGCCCAAAUUAUCGCUGGUAACGGCCAAGACCAAGCGAGGAGGCCAACCGCAUGCAUGGUACCUGGGUAUCGGUACCCAGGUGGCCGGCCAUUCCCAUUCUGCCUGCGAGGGCGCAGUUCUGGAUGGCGCUGCUGCUAGCCCCAACCGUGACUUGACUGAUGACAAUGACAAGGAGGCAGAGGCAAGACAGUAG